AUGGAGAAUAGGCAUGUUUCGCGCAAUCCCUCGUUCAUUGAAAGUUUUCGGGUCGUUUUUGAGGACACCAAAUGUCCUCAGGAGGUCGGUGCCGCUGUCAUUCACUUUCCUUCGACCAGCUGUUCAAACGAUCAAUCAAAAUGCGCGACUAUUCUCUUCUCAAGAAUUUUGGAAGUUGAAAUGGAUCUUGCUGGAAGUAUAGCCCCGGAAGAUAUGGAUGAGACAGAGGGACCAGCGAAAGAACCCGAAGGCCCUCUUGACGCUAGGCCGGAGUUUAAGAUUCGGUUAAAGAAGCCAAGCGGUAGUUCAGUUUUAUUCCACUGCAGCUUCCCGUCAAAGUUCACUGAAGACGUAAGCCCUGGAGCAGCUACCUUUUCGGUGGAUAUGGUCGAAAUGGAGCGUCUUCCGGGGUACUUCGUCUAUACUGACCUGUUUGAUGACAAUUUGUAUGAACACACCGUGCGUCUCUUGACCGACCGAGGAAUCGACAGCGACUUCCAGCGCCAGCUUCAAGACUUCGCAACAUCCGAGGAACAUAAACUUUACACACGAUUCCUAAAAGAGUUUAAGUCAUACUGCAAAGAAUAA